AUGGGGCGGAAAGAAAAUAAGGAAGGGACGAGUGAGGUGAAAGAAGAGCCUAUCAAAGUUUUAAUUAUCGCAGACACAUUUGAUAUCCGUUUUCUUCCCGUCACUUCUGCUUCCUCCAUUGAUAAGUGUUUUCAGGAUAAGUCUCAGGAUGGUUAG